AUGAAAUUGUUAAUAGUUUUUGCAUUCCUCAUUGUUUGUGCCACACAAACAAAUCACAUGAGAAUCAAUGAAAACCUUAACGAUAAUGAGGAUAAUUUUAAAAUUUUAACCAUAAAUAGUGAUACACAAUCGUACGAUCCCACAGAGUCCAAGUUACGUUCGAAAAGAGGAGUUUUUUGGGAUUUCUUUCAGAAAAUGGUUAUAACCAAAAAUUUAAUUGUUGAUCAAUACUCAGAUACCCGAAAUACCUUUGACGAAGUUUAUAAUUUAAUCAACGAUCAAUUCAGUGAUCCUGCAGCUGAAAAACCCCGAGGUCCUUCAAGCACCACCGAAUCUUCGAAAUUCAGCAGUGAAGAAACCACCGACAGUUCAGAAGUGACUACGACUACCGAGCCCUAUCGUAUCUCCCGCUAUGAAUUGGGUCGAAUUUUGGGACGUAAUUUCCGGGGCUUAAAACGUUUGCAGGAAAUUGAAUUUCAGGAUGCAUUGAAUCAAUCUCACUACAAUAUACAGGAAUACAAGGCGGAGGCAAACAAACAAUUUGCCAACAGUUUAGCGGUGGAAAAGAAAAAUCAACUUAAGGCAUUAAAGGGUUAA